CUGCAUAUAGCCUCUACUAACUUUAUACAUUUAACAGUCACUGUUUCAUUUUUUUUAGAAUUAUGGUUCUAUUUAAGUAUAUUGUAUUCUUAGUUUUAAGAACUGAUGUUCUUGGUGUAUCUGAAAACCUUUUUCCAAAUGAUGAUUGCAAACAUACAGGGUCGUUACUGCACUGUACUAUAAUUCCAAGACAAAUACCGAACAAUGUGACACAUGUUUUCAUACAGGAAUUAGAAAACGUCAAAGGAAUUACCGUUGGUUCUUUGAAAGGAAGAAAUUGGGAAAAUAUUAAAUUCUUACAUAUAUCGGAUGCUGGUACUGAUAAAAGUAAAUCUUUUCAAGAAAUAAAACCAUAUGCUAUAGCAACGCUUACAAGCUUAGAGGAACUAAAAAUUGUUUCCAUUCAGUUUUACAGAUUGUACGAAAACUCAUUUGCUGGACUUGAUCAUCUUAAAGUUUUAAACUUUACCGGAUGCGAACAACUACGUAUAUCCUACAUAACUCGUGCAAUAAUGGGUAUAAAGACGCUACCAAAACUAGAAGUUCUUUCAAUGACUUACAUAAGUACCUUGUCAGCAGUGGAAUUUGAUGAAGAUUUUUUUAAUGCAUUGGCGCCAAAGCCUAUCACGCUAAUUGAUAUACAUCAAAUGGAUGUUAAUGACAAGAUAGCCGACCACAGAUACCUCAAUGGAAUACCUGAUACCAUACAAUACAUAAAUAUAUCUGGCACAGCUUGGCCUCGAGGUGUAUUUCGGAACAGUGACAUUUCUGUUCGAUUUGACAACCUGAGAUUGCUUAAUGCAAGCUACACAGUUUUACCUAAUUCUUUUUUAUCACUUAUCAAACAUUUGCCUUCUAUCCUAGGAAACGCCUAUAAAUUAACUGUUUACCACUUAACAGUGAUUUCAAAUGUAGAAACAGUGGACAUAUCUGGGAUAAAUAAUCAGAAUUACCCUGCUGAAUUGUACAAUCUUACAGUUCAUCUUGAAGACACAGAAUAUUCAGAAUGGAGGAUGAAAAACGUGAUUUUAAAAAAUAACAAACUGAAACAUUUAGAUUUAACAUUUCCAUGUUACAAAUCUAAUUUGGAAAGUUUAGAUUUUUCUCUUAAUGAAAUUGAAUUUCUGCAACCAAAGCUCUGCCCAUGCUGUUACAAUCUUCAAGAAAUCAAUCUCUCAAACAAUAAACUUUUCAAAAUGGCUGACAGGCAUUACUCUCUAUUUGCACAGCUGAUUGUUUCCUAUCCAAAUCUCAAAAGGCUUAUGCUUUCUUCAAAUCAACUGACUAGAAUUCCAAAGGAAAUGUUUCAAGGAAAUGAGAAUUUAGAAACAAUUGACUUAUCCGAUAAUCUCCUCCAACAGAUCACAUUCAAUCUCAACAAUCUCAUUAAUUUGAAAGUACUCAACCUAAGAAACAACAGAAUCUCAGUCUUGGAUCAAAACUCAAUGAAGAUCCUGAAUUCACUGUUUGUUACCAACAACCUAUUUCAAAAUAUCUCUGGAAUUCUUCAGAUGGCCAACAACCCAUUCUCAUGCUCUGAAUGUGACAGUUUAGAAUCAAUAAAAUGGCUUUCAACGACAACUCAUAUGCAAGGGGACAUAACCUGCAAGAAUCCUCAAGGAAAUUUCAUCCCUGUUGACCAUAAUGCUGCGACUUUUGUACAAGAAGAAUGUGACAGACCAAUUCGCAUAAGAAAUACAAUACUUUUGUCUGUGCUGUUACCAAUAUCAACUAUAACAUUUACCAUUCUUAGCCUGUAUAAAUGGCAGAAGUAUCAGCAACAGAAACAUUACAAGAAGAACAUGGAGGAAAAACUUCAACAAAUUCAAAACAACAAACUUGAGACAAAAUAUCUUGUGUUCCUAUCAUUCAGUAGUUUUGAUUACAACUUUCUUUACAACAAUGUUUAUGAACCGCUUAAACAUCAUUUACAAGAAAAAACAGGAACUGACAGAGACUUGAUAUGUUUCGGUGACAAAAACUUCCAAUUAGGAAAACCAAUCAAUGACGAAAUGGUUCUUUGUCUUCAAGAAUCGGCUAUUGUGAUGUUACUCCUUUCUCGUAAUUUUUGUCACAGUGAAUUCUGCAGAAUGGAGUUUGAUAUGGCCCUCCUUAUGAAGAAACCAUUCAUUCUCAUGAUGAAAGAGGAACUAGAUGAAAAAGAAAUGGUACCCAGCUUGCAACAGCUCUUUAAAAGAAACACAAGAUUAUUAUGGGAAAGACAGGGAAACAAUUUCCACCUAAGAACAUCCUGGGAUAAUGUGUGUAACUCAAUUUUAGAACUUGUUCCAUAGCUGCAAACUAAGGAUUCUGAAUAUAGCUGAAAGAAAUUGAAAGCCUAUCACAAAGGCAUUUGUCAAGAGAUCAUAACAUUAAUGACUAAUGGUUAUAAAACAACAGCUUCCUUCAGAAUGAGGAUAAAUUUAUUGAGGCCAUCUUAACUGUGCAAAAUUGAGUCAAUGACAAAAACAAGUACAGUCGAAACUCGAUAUCUCAAACUCGCUUACCUCGAAAUUCCGCUUAAGUCGAAGAAAUUUUCAAGUCCCUUCAAAUUUCCUUCUUUAUAUAUGUAAUUCAACUCCGGUUACGUCCAAAUUUGACUUACCGAGACUCCGAAUGUGUCGAAAGGGAUUUUCAGAUCCGUCAGUAAAAUUCAAGUGCAUUGUAAACUCGGUAAGUCGAAUUGAGGAAAAUACGCAAUAAAAUUUCACACAUCUCUUUGUGAAUGUGGUUGGUUUUUCACACAUGUCCAUGUUAUUGCCUAACCAGAGAGCGGCGAUGCCAACAUAUCAAAGGUGCGGCGAUAAACAAAGUGAGAUGAUGAUAUACUUGUUUGCACGUGCCAUAAUUAUAAUUGUUAGAUGUAAACAUUAGAUUUCUUAAUCAGCGGUCAUUUGUUUUUGAGACGUUAUGAAAAUUGCUUUUAAUUUAAACUAAUGAAUUAAUUAGUUUGAACAGCUAGGAUCUUUGAUAAGGAUUAAUUAGAGGUAAUUGCGAUGUUAAUGUAUAAAAAUUAACUCCUUGGGGGAAUGUAUCAUUCGUUCAAAAUGUCAGAUCGAAAUGCUGUCAAUCCUCAGGGAGAGAAACGUGGUACAAAACGAAACUUUGCUCAAAAACAUUUGAGGUUAGUAUCAUUUUCAUUCUUCAAAAAAGUGAAAACUUUAGUAAACACAAACUGUACGGAAUCGUGUACGUGUAUAGUGCCUAAAGCGUAUACACAGCAUCACGGAAACAGCGUUUAUUUUUUAUUAAAAUUUCUCGUAACUAAACCAACUUUUUUCAUCAUUUCGUCCAUACGUCGCUUCUCAUAUCUCGAAUUUCGGUUAUCUCGAAAUAAAAGGCACGGUCCCUUGAAAUUCGAGAUAUCGAGUUUCGACUGUAC